UGCAGAAUCCACACCAAUCAGCACCAUGCCUAUGACAAUGGGGUACUGGGACAUCCACGGGCUGGCCCAUGCCAUCUACCUGCUCCUGGAAUAUACAUACUCAAGCUACAAGGAAAAGAAGUACAGGAUGGGGGAUGCUCCUGACUAUGACAGAAGCCAGUGGCUGAAUGAAAAAUUCAGGCUGGGCCUAGACUUUCCCAAUCUGCCCUACUUGAUUGAUGGGGCUCACAAGAUCAUCCAGAGCAACACCAUCCUGCACUGCAUUGCCUGCAGGCACAACCUGUGUGGGGAGACAGAAGAGGAGGAGAUUUGGGAAGACAUUUUGGAGAACCAGCUUAUAUACAACUGCAUAAAGCUGGCCACCUGCUACAACCCAGAUUUUGAGAAACUGAAGCCAGAAUACCUGGAGGUACUCCCUGCAAUGCUGAAGCUCUACUCACAGUUUCUGGGGAAGCAGCCAUGGUUUCUUGGGGGCAAGAUCACCUUUGUGGAUUUCAUUGCUUAUGAUGUCCUUGAGGGAAGCCAAGUAUUUGAGCCGAAGUCCUUGGACGCCUUCCCAAACCUGAAGGACUUCAUCUCCCGAUUUGAGGGCUUGGAAAAGAUCUCUACCUAUAUGAAGUCCAGCCACUUCCUCCCAAGACCUGUGUUCACAUAGAUGGCUGUCAGGGGCAACAAGUAGUGCCUUGUAGGCCAGGAGGUGGGAGUAAGUUGCCCAUAUUCAGCCCAUUGCCAAGGCUGUGGAGAGCAGCUCGACUCUGCACCCCAGCACCUGCCUUCUCGGUCCUUUCUCCUGUUUAUUCCCUUCUUUACCCCCAAGACUUUAUUGAAUAAAGUCUUCCCCUAAACCCCUA